CCCAGCCUUUCCUGGGUGGAUCACUAGGUAUCGCCGGCGUUAAUCUUGCCACGUGUCAGAAAUGUGUUAAGUGAAUCCAUUGCGUGGUCUCACGUAAUUCCCCUAACUCCAAACCCCAUGAUGAGCUUCUGCAGAACAACAGAAUUCAGAUUGUGGGGUUGACAGAACUUCAGAGUCUUGCAGUUGGGCCCCGAGUUUUCCAGUACGGAGUCAAAGUUGUAUUUCAGGCUGUGUACUUGCUGUGGAAGUUGAUGUGGAGGGAGCCAGGUGACUAUAUCUUUCUCCAGAACCCCCCAGGUCUGCCUAGCAUUGCUGUCUGCUGGUUCGUGGGCUGCCUUUGUGGAAGCAAGCUCGUCAUUGACUGGCACAACUAUGGCUACUCCAUCAUGGGUCUGGUGCAUGGCCCCAACCACCCCCUCGUUCUGCUGGCCAAGUGGUACGAGAGGUUCUUUGGGCGCCUGUCCCACCUGAACCUGUGCGUUACCAAUGCCAUGCGGGAAGACCUGGCGGAGAACUGGCGCAUCAGGGCUGUGACUGUCUACGACAAGCCGGCAUCUUUCUUUAAAGAGGCUCCUCUGGAUCUGCAGCACCGGCUCUUCAUGAAGCUGGGUGGCACGCACUCUCAGUUCAGGGCCCGCUUAGAACCGGAGGACCCAGCCACGGAGCGGUCGGCCUUCACGGAGCGGUAUGCUGGGAGCGGGCUGGUGACGCGUCUCCGCGAGCGGCCAGCCCUGCUGGUCAGCAGCACGAGCUGGACAGAGGACGAAGACUUCUCCAUCCUGCUGGCAGCUUUAGAAAAGUUUGAACAACUGAUUCUUGAUGGACACAACCUUCCUUCUGUCGUCUGUGUGAUAACAGGCAAAGGGCCUCUGAGGGAGUAUUACAGCCGCCUCAUCCAGCAGAAGUGUUUCCAGCACGUCCAGGUCUGCACACCCUGGCUAGAGGCCGAGGACUACCCCUUGCUUCUAGGGUCGGCAGACCUGGGUGUCUGUCUGCACACGUCCUCCAGUGGCCUGGACCUGCCCAUGAAGGUGGUGGACAUGUUUGGGUGCUGUUUGCCUGUGUGUGCCGUGAACUUCAAGUGUUUACAUGAGCUGGUGAAACAUGAAGAAAACGGCCUAGUCUUUGAGGACUCGGAGGAACUGGCAGCUCAGCUGCAGAUGCUUUUCUCAAACUUUCCCGAUCCUGCGGGCAAGCUAAACCAGUUCCGGAAGAACCUGCGGGAGUCGGAGCAGCUCCGAUGGGAUGAGAGCUGGGUGCAGACUGUGCUCCCUUUGGUUAUGGACACAUGACUGCUGGGCCAGAGGCUAAAACCCCAGGACCCCUGCUGCCCUCCCUACAGCUUCUUGGGAGUCUCAGGGCACACCCUUUCAAGCAGCGCCUCCCAGUGGCCAGUAACUGAAAUGACGGCAGUGGUGCCGCCUGGGGAAUGAAUUGGUUGGGACCCCGGAAGCUGUGGUUGGCCCUGAUUUCUUCUUUGGAGGCUCAGAAACAUUUCCUCUCUUCUGCUCUUCACGCCCCAUGCCCCUGCUAGCAUAUUACUGUCCUGUGACUUCCCCAUGACCUCUGCAGGACUCCUCAUCCUGUGUGUGGUCUCCAGGUGUCGCCUUUCUGCCGUGUUCCUAACAUUUUGAUUCCUGUCUUGAAAAAAAGCACCUGCUGCAUCGUAAGCCCAGGUAUGUGGCAGCUGCAGCGGGCUUGGCUUUCUGAGGAACCAAGUGUGUCCACGUUGGGGGAACAGCAUACUUGAUACACACGUUUUUAUUUGCGCAAAGAAAAUGCUAUUUUUGGAGCCAGAAUUUUCAUGUCUGAUUUAUGGUGAUUUUCUUAAGAACUAGAACUGCUGGCAGAAAGGGGGCACCCCCACGCUUAGACAGCCGAUGUCUUAUUAGAGGGCAGUUUGUGGUUCCUGGUUUGGAAUUUAACAUUCUUCAAACAUUCCAGUCCCAUGAAAGUUUUAUCCGCUUUCCCAUGUAAAAAUUCUUCCCAUGAUAGCGACUUGAUUCUCACAGUCACAUUGGAAGGCGUGUGUGAGGCCUACAUUGUGAGGUUCAGAAUUGCCAUUUCCAAGUGCUCUUCGUAGGGAAACAGUUUCUGGUCAUGACGAGGUUCGGCUUCCCACGUGAUCCCAGCCCGGCCUGCAAACAGAGCACGUGUUUCAGGAUGGCGGUGUUUGGGGACAUUAGCUUAUUGUGUGGGGCUGCUAGGACAGGCCUGGCAGGGCGGGGGGGUGUCCAAGUCAGUUCCCUUGGUUCACAGGUUCCCAGGCCCACCCAGGUACCUAGAAUUGGCCUCCAGGAUGGGACCAGAAAUCUGGUUUUGCAUAGAAGUGGCUAGCAGCAGGCACCGUGCCACUCUCCACACUCUGCCCGUGUCUGCCCCAGUGCUUGGCACAGCGGGACAGAAGCAGAGAUCUGAACCCACAUCUACCUGGCUGCUCAGUCAAUCCACUCUUCACAAAGCUUAGAAAGCGGCUGGGCACAGUGGCUCACGCCUGUAAUCCCAACACUUUGGAAGGCCGAGGCAGGCGGAUCACUUGAGGUCAGGAGUUCGAGACCAGCCUGGCCAACAUGGUGAAACCCCAUCUACAAAAAUACAAAAAUCAGCCAGGUACGAUGGCGGGUGCCUGUAAUCCCAGCUACUCAGGAGGCUGAGGCGGGAGAAUCACUUGAACCCAGGAGGCAGAGGUUGCAGUGAGCCGAGAUUGUGCCACUGCACUCCAGCCUGAGUGACAGAGCGAGCCUCCAUCUCAAAAAAGCAAACAAACAAACAAACCCCCAAAACACAAAACCACACACACACAAUGCUUAGAAGGGGCUGGUGUUCUGAUAAGCACAGAUGCCUGAAGGGCCAUCAGCCAGACUGAUUUUGUUUUUUGUUUUUGAGAUACGAUCUUGUUCUGUCACCCAGGCCGGAGUGCAGUGGCACGGUCAUCGCUCACCGCAGCCUCGACUCCUGGGCUCUAGCAAUCCUCCCACCUCCCAAGUAGCUGGAUGACAGGUGCGUGCCGCCAGGCCAGUAGUUUUUUUAUUUUGUAGAGAUGGGGUCCUGAACGCAUGGCUGCAAGUGAUGCUCCUGCCUCAGCCUCUUUUAGUUUUUUGAGACGGAGUUUUACUCUGUUCCCCAGGCUGGAGUGCAGUGGCGCAAUCUCAGCUCACUGCAGCCUCCGCCUCCCGGGUUCAAGUGAUUCUCCUGCUUCAGCCUCCCGCGUAGCCGGGAUUACAGGCAUGCACCACCACGCCCGGCUAAUUUUUGUGUUUUUAGUAGAGAUGGGGUUUCACUGUGUUGGGCAGGCUGGUCUCGAACUCUUGACCUCAGGUGAUCCACCCACCUCGGCCUCCCAAAGCCUCAGCCUCUUACAGUGUUGGGAUUACAGGCGUGAGACGCUGUGACCCAGGAUGAUUUUCAUUUACAGUUUUUUGUUACGAGUGGAAAAUGUGUAUUUAUAAAAAUAAAGUAGCACAGACAUGAACGUGUAGAAGUCUCUAUCAUCCUGCCAUCCAAGGAUGUUAACGUGUAUAUCAGGGAUAUCCAAUCUUUUGGCCUCCCUGGGCCACACUGGAAGACGAAGAAUUGCCUUGGGCCACACAUGAAAUACACUAACGCUAGCAAUGGCUGAUGAACUAAAAGAAAAAAAAAAAAUCACAAAAAACCCUCAUACUGUUUUAAGAAAGUUUACAGAUUUGCGUUGGGCUGCAGGCUGGACAAACCUGCUAUAUAUAUAUUCUAGGUUUUGCCCUAUAGGUCUACUAAUGUGAAAAUGAUUAUCGUGAGAAAUGUUUUGUUGAGAUGAA